CAGACACACCCGCGACCCGGUCGACGCCCACCGGACCCCAGGUUCCCCCAGAUCGCGCAGAGCGGGUGCGCGCGAGAGUCGCAGCAUCUCCGCGCUCACCGCUUCCCGGCCCAGCGCGCAGGAGUGCUGCGUAAAAGUUAGACGCUUGCACCCGGUGUAUGCAAAAACCCCAGACUUGAGCCCAGACGUGCUGUGUGUGGCUGCUGCGUGGGUCCAAUCCCCAGCCCCGUGUGAGGACCACCUGUGGGGGCAGGAUGUCUCAGUGGUCUGAACUCCAGCAGCUUGACUCCAAAUUCCUGGAGCUGGUUCAUCAACUCUAUGAUGACAGUUUUCCCAUGGAAAUUAGACAGUACCUGGCCCCAUGGCUAGAAAAGCAAGACUGGGAGCAUGCUGCCUAUGACGUUUCAUUUGCCACCAUCCUUUUUCAUGACCUCCUGUCACAGCUGGACGAUCAAUACAGCCGCUUUUCCUUGCAAAAUAAUUUUUUAUUGCAGCACAACAUAAGAAAAAGCAAGCGUAAUCUUCAGGAUAAUUUUCAGGAGGAUCCAAUACAGAUGUCCAUGAUUAUCUACAACUGCCUGAAGGAGGAAAGGAAAAUCCUGGAAAAUGCCCAGAGAUUCAAUCAGGCCCAGUCAGGCAGUGUUCAGAGCACGGUGAUGUUGGACAAACAGAAGGAGCUUGACUGCAAAGUCAGAAAUGUGAAGGACAAUGUUAUGUGUAUAGAGCAAGAUAUCAAGACCCUGGAAGACUUACAGGAUGAAUAUGACUUCAAAUACAAAACCUUUCAGAACAGAGAGAAUGAAACCAAUGGUGUAGCCACGAAUGAUCAGAAACAAGAAAAGCUGUUACUCCAGAAGAUGUUUUUAAUGCUUGACAAUAAGAGAAAGGAAGUAGUUCACAAAAUAAUCGACUUGUUGAAUGUCACUGAGCUGACCCAGAAAGCCCUGAUUAACGAUGAACUGGUGGAGUGGAAGCGGAGACAGCAGAGUGCCUGCAUUGGAGGCCCCCCCAAUGCCUGCCUCGAUCAGCUGCAGAACUGGUUCACCAUCGUUGCUGAGAGUCUGCAGCAGGUGCGUCAGCAGCUGAAGAAGCUGGAGGAGCUGGAGCAGAAGGUUCCCUACGACCAUGACCCGAUCACCAAGAACAAGUCGGUGCUGUGGGACCGCACUAUCAACCUCUUCCAGCAACUCAUUCAGAGCUCAUUUGUGGUGGAAAGACAGCCAUGCAUGCCAACUCACCCGCAGAGGCCAUUAGUCUUGAAGACAGGGGUGCAGUUCACAGUGAAGUUGAGAUUGUUGGUGAAAUUGCAGGAGCUGAAUUAUAACUUGAAAGUCAAAGUCUUAUUUGACAAAGAUGUGAAUGAGAAAAAUACAGUGAAAGGAUUCAGAAAGUUCAACAUCUUGGGCACACACACAAAGGUCAUGAACAUGGAAGAGUCCAUCAACGGAAGUCUGGCGGCAGAGUUUAGACACCUGCAACUGAAAGAACAGAAAAAUGCAGGCACCAGGACUAAUGAGGGUCCUCUCAUCGUCACCGAGGAGCUCCACUCCCUUAGUUUUGAGACUCAGUUGUGCCAGCCUGGUUUGGUCAUUGACCUCGAGACGACCUCUCUGCCUGUCGUGGUGAUCUCCAACGUCAGCCAGCUGCCCAGUGGCUGGGCCUCCAUCCUGUGGUACAACAUGCUGGUGGCGGAACCCAGGAAUCUCUCCUUCUUCCUGAACCCCCCGUGUGCACGCUGGGCUCAGCUGUCCGAGGUGCUCAGCUGGCAGUUUUCUUCUGUCACCAAGAGAGGGCUCAACGUCGACCAGCUAAACAUGCUGGGGGAGAAACUUCUGGGCCCUAAUGCCAGCCCGGAAGGUCUGAUUCCGUGGACAAGGUUCUGCAAGGAAAACAUCAACGAUAAAAACUUUUCUUUCUGGCUUUGGAUCGAAAGCAUCCUUGAACUCAUUAAGAAGCACCUGCUCUCGCUCUGGAACGAUGGGUGGAUCGUGGGCUUUAUCAGCAAGGAGGGCGAGCGCGCCCUGCUCAAGGACCAGCAGCCCGGGACCUUUCUGCUGCGCUUCAGCGAGAGCUGCCGGGAAGGGGCCAUCACCUUCACGUGGGUGGAGCGUUCGCAGAAUGGAGGCGAACCUUACUUCCAUGCUGUUGAACCCUACACGAAGAAAGAACUUUCUGCUGUUACUUUCCCUGAUAUUAUCCGCAAUUACAAAGUCAUGGCCGCCGAAAAUAUUCCGGAGAAUCCUCUGAAGUAUCUGUACCCAAACAUUGAUAAAGACCAUGCCUUUGGAAAGUAUUACUCCAGGCCAAAGGAAGCCCCAGAACCAAUGGAACUUGAUGGCCCUAAAGGAACAGGAUAUAUCAAGACCGAGUUGAUUUCUGUGUCUGAAGUUCACCCUUCUCGGCUUCAGAACACGGACAACCUUCUCCCCAUGUCUCCCGAGGAUUUUGACGAGGUGUCCCGGAUGGUAGGCAGGGUGGAGUUUGACAUGCCUGCCAUGCUGACAACAGAUGUGGGUGAUGGGAACCUUACCUGGUGGUGCUCAGAGAUGAGUGGAGUCUAGACCAGGAAUCUUCCUCAUCUUCUCGGCCAAAUUUCCCCUGUUCCCAUUUGUGAUUUCCUGCUACUCUGUUCCUUCACAUCCUGUGUUUCUAGGGAAAUGAAAGAAAUUCCAACAAAUUUGCUGCAAGCUGUGAUAGCAAGUGGAUUUUCCCCUAAUUCAGAAACUCUGAAGGGCUUCAUGCGUCUCAUUCAAGGUAAAAGUGGAAGCCUUCUCCACAGUGUGGGUUUUGCAAAUGCCCAAAGCACAAGAACUCUAGUGAGACUGCUUUGGGAAGGUGGAUAUUUAGCAGCGUCUAGAAAAUGCUGAGCAGAAGCUAGUGUCCACCAGUUAAAGGUGGUUGGAUAGGUCACAUGGUUAUUUAGGGAACUUUUUGAUGUAGGAACGACACAUUUCUGCUCAGGAGAUUUCUUGUUUUCUCUGCUUUAUGUGUGGCUAAAAGCUUCCCAGUGGCCCAUCAAUGAAAGAGUUCAGAACUAUACUGACUUUAUAGCUUCCUUCUAUCAAAUGUAGCUGUCCUGCAUCUGGGCAGCCGAUGAAAUUUGGCUUAUUUUAUUACAUGUUUCUAUUUAAAGCAAAAGGAAAAUUCUGUAUUUCUAGGAAGAAAAAGGUUGUCUGUUUAUAGUAGCUUGAGGAUACUGGCUAAUAUCAAGAGAAGGAAGUAAGUGUACUUCCAAAUAUAUGACUGUUGUUUAAACUUUAAUAUUCAGAGGUAAAUAUGUUCUAUUUAUCUUCUGCAUGGUCACCUGUAAAUGAAAUUGUCUUCAUGACUGUCAACAGUAUCUCUGGAAGCAAAUCCAGCUAUAUUCCCAGAGUUAAAAUUAUCCAUGGAUGUGGACAGUCAAAUUUCUUCUUGUUAAUUUGUCUUAUAAUUAUUAGCUAGUGUUCAGUUGCUCAGAAAGUUUUCAAAUUUAGAAAAAAUGUUCCCUGACAGAUCAUUUAAUCUGAAUAUUACAAAUAAUUUGAAAAUUUGUCCUGUGUAACUACACUGUGAAUUACGUGUUUUUCACUAAUGUGGUUUUCUGACAAAUACAAAUACACUUGAAAUGGUCCAUUUAUCUCUAUUGUGCCUUUUCUAAACUUCAUUUUGACUGCUUUUUGAGAAGUGUAUUGUGUUACUAACCUUCAGACACAUUAAAAAGUGGUUUAGGAGGACAUGUUUGAAAGAUUCUUCCAUAUAAUUUUCAUAAACUGUUGUGUAUCUGUGUCUUACUUUUUGACUAUCACUACCACAAUUAUAUUAUUAGAAAAGCGCCUUGUUUUUC